AUGAAUCAAAGAACAGGGACGGGGACUCUUUCUAUAUUUGCACCGCGGCCAUUGAAAUUCAAGCUUAACGAUAACGGACGACCAAUCCUUCCUCUUCUUACCACAAAACGCGUUUUUACUCGAGCCAUUAUCGCGGAACUACUCUGGUUUAUCGAGGGCAGCACAUCAUCUCUUCCAUUGAGUGAAGCUGGAGUCAAGAUUUGGGAUGGCAAUGGAUCACGCGAAUUUUUGGAUAGUAGAGGCUUGACACACCGAGAAGUUGGUGAUCUUGGGCCGGUCUAUGGAUUCCAAUGGCGGCACUUUGGCGCCGAAUACAAAGAUGCGAAUACGGACUAUACUGGCAAAGGAGUUGAUCAACUUGCGGAAGUUAUCCAUAAACUUAAAACAGACCCUUAUGACCGCCGGAUGAUUCUGUCGGCAUGGAAUCCUAAGGACCUGUCCAUCAUGGCGCUACCACCUUGUCAUAUGUUUGCACAAUUCUACGUCUCGUUUCCAAGACAGGAGGAAGGUAGCGAAAGUAAACCCAAAGGACAUCUUCAUUGUCAGCUUUAUCAACGAUCCUGUGAUAUGGGCCUCGGCGUCCCAUUCAAUAUUGCUAGUUACGCGCUUCUCUGCCACAUGAUCGCCCAUGUUACUGAUCUGGUCCCUGGAAGCCUUACUCAUACCAUGGGAGAUGCCCAUGUCUAUCUCGAUCAUGUCGACGCGCUUCGUACGCAAUUGGAACGCGAGCCACGAAAGUUUCCAGACCUAGAAAUCAAGCGUGAAAAGGGUGGAAGCAUUGACGGCUGGAAGGCGGAAGAUUUCGAGAUCAAAGGGUACGAACCUCAGAAGUCGAUUGCUAUGAAAAUGUCUGUCUAG